AGCGUGAAACCGCGUGAGAAAGUUGCCAUUGAGGUAAAGCAGAGCUAGACGUUAGAGUGCUCGCGCUGGUUUGUAGAUUUUUGUUUAUAAAAUUAACGAUAUAUUUCCUCUUUUUUUCGGUGAAAUAUGUUUUGGACGUAGCUUCCCACCCGAGGUCACCGUGGAAAUUAUUAAUUCUGCUUUUAUUGACUGUUUAACCGCCAACCAACGACCGCGACGAGUCAAGUGGGAACUCUUCACUGCAAUUAACUUGUGUGGAUAUUACGUGUCUGAUGCUCCGAGAGCGGACAGUUUGUGGCUGUGUGUGUUCCGACUCGUUGGGUGUUUUUUGAGUGUUUUACUCUGUGUUUGCUUGACUCGGAAUACUUUAAACUACACCUGGUUCCGACCCGCCUCCCAGCCUUUGCUGCCUCCAGGUAACGAGCGGUGCUUUUCCGGUUGACUUAACGCUUGCGCUGUCGCUGGAGCACAAGAAGAGACAACGAUCCGGAGGGUCGGUGCGAGGAGGAGUCGGGGCAUUCCCGUUAAACGCUUGGUGAGCCCGCAAACUGCAAGGCUUGAAUUUAACAUUCAGUUGGUACUCUAAUAAAAGAAAAGGCGGAUGGAUACGUGUCCGUGAGGAGCUUCACACACCCCAGUGCUUAUUCGAUCCCUCGUUAUCUGGGAUUCAGGAAGGACACGCGGCAUCCUCGCUGAGAUAGGCAACGAUGUUCCCCCAGGGGCGACACCCGACGCCCCAUCAGGCUCCGGGCCAGCCCUUCAAGUUCACCAUCCCAGAGUCACUGGACCGCAUAAAGGAGGAGUUCCAGUUCCUCCAGGCACAGUACCACAGCCUGAAACUGGAGUGUGAGAAGCUGGCCAGUGAAAAGACCGAGAUGCAGAGACACUAUGUCAUGUACUACGAGAUGUCAUACGGGCUCAACAUAGAAAUGCACAAACAGACUGAGAUUGCCAAGAGACUAAACACCAUCUGUGCACAAGUCAUUCCCUUCCUCUCACAGGAGCAUCAGCAGCAGGUGGUUCAAGCUGUGGAGCGAGCCAAACAGGUGACCAUGGCAGAGCUUAAUGCUGUCAUCGGGGUACGUGGACUGCCAGGUCUUCCACCUACGCAGCAACAUCUAGCUCAUAACCACGGUGGAGCCCCUGUUCCCCUUAUGCCUCAUCCUGCUGGCCUCCACCCAUCCCAGUUAGGAGGUUCAGCUGGUCUCCUUGCUCUGUCAGCUCUUGGUGCUGUUCCUCCUCACCUGGCUGGAAAAGAAGGUACUGACAAAAAACCUCACCUCAGUGGACCAGACUCCCACCCUGCAGGACCUGAACACCUCAGAGAGCGAGAGCCUGGCACGAGUAACUCGCUGUUACCGGAAAGUCUCAGGAACUUUGAUAAGCGACGCAAUGGUCCCGACCUCACAAACGACACCAAGAAACGCAAAGUGGACGACAAAGACUCUAGCCACUAUGACAGUGAUGGAGAAAAAAGUGAUGAUAACCUGGUGGUGGACGUGUCAAAUGAGGACGCAGCCUCCCCCCGGGGGACACCUCUUGCCUCCCCUAGAGAAAAUGGCUUGGAUAAAGCACGUCUCCUGAAGAAGGACCCCUGUAGUCCAGCGUCUACUGCCUCAUCAGCCAGCUCCUCCUCUCUCAAAUCCAAAGAGAUGACCAUGCGAGAAAAGGCAGGUACACCAGGUCUAAAGUCAAGCACCCCCACACCUAGAGGUGACUCCACCCCUGGUCCAAGCUCCACACCUGGAAUCCGACCCAGUCUAUCAAAACCCCCAUCUAUGGAGAUACCACAUCCGCCCACUGCAGGUUUGAGAACUCCUCUGGCGGUUCCAGGUCCGUAUCCAGGUGCGUUUGGGAUGUUGCCCCACGCAGCAGGGAUGAACGGGGAGCUUGCUGGAGCAGCUGGAGCUGCAGCUUAUGCUGCUGGAUUGCACAACAUGUCACCUCAGAUGAGCGCUGCAGCUGCAGUCGCGGUGGCUGCGUAUGGGCGUUCUCCUAUGGUUGGUUUUGAUCCUCAUCCUCACAUGCGAGUUCCUGGCAUGCCCCCCAGUCUUACAGGAAUCCCAGGUGGAAAGCCAGCCUACUCCUUCCACGUGGCGGCGGAUGGACAGAUGCAGCCUGUUCCGUUCCCUCCCGAUGCGUUAGUGGGACCAGGAAUACCCCGUCACGCUCGUCAGAUCAACACUCUGAACCACGGAGAGGUGGUGUGUGCUGUCACCAUCAGUAACCCCACCCGACACGUUUACACCGGUGGAAAGGGUUGUGUCAAAGUCUGGGACAUUAGUCACCCUGGAAACAAGAGCCCCGUGUCCCAGCUCGACUGUUUGAACCGUGACAACUACAUCCGCUCAUGUCGACUCCUCCCUGACGGUCGAACGCUUAUAGUGGGCGGUGAGGCGAGCACGCUGUCCAUCUGGGACUUGGCCACGCCCACUCCCAGGAUUAAAGCAGAGCUAACGUCGUCAGCACCAGCAUGCUACGCUCUGGCCAUCAGCCCGGACUCUAAGGUCUGCUUCUCGUGCUGCAGCGACGGAAACAUUGCAGUGUGGGAUUUACACAACCAGACACUAGUUAGGCAAUUUCAGGGCCACACAGAUGGAGCCAGCUGCAUCGAUAUCUCCAAUGAUGGCACCAAGCUGUGGACCGGAGGCCUGGAUAACACGGUUCGCUCCUGGGAUCUGAGGGAGGGACGGCAGCUGCAGCAGCAUGACUUUACAUCACAGAUCUUCUCGCUCGGCUACUGUCCUACCGGAGAAUGGCUUGCAGUUGGAAUGGAGAGCAGCAACGUUGAGGUUCUUCAUGUCACCAAGCCUGACAAGUACCAGCUGCACCUUCAUGAGAGUUGUGUUCUCUCUUUGCAGUUUGCUUACUGUGGCAAAUGGUUUGUGAGUACAGGGAAGGACAACCUACUGAAUGCAUGGAGAACGCCUUACGGAGCCAGUAUUUUCCAGUCUAAAGAAUCAUCUUCGGUUCUAAGCUGCGACAUAUCUGUGGACGACAAGUACAUAGUGACUGGUUCAGGGGACAAGAAGGCCACUGUUUAUGAGGUCAUCUACUGAAAAGAUGGAAAGAAACAAGGAUCUCUUCUGAAAAACAACUUCAUAUAUUUCUUUUCACAUAAAGCCAGAAAUCCCAGACAAUCCAGGUUCCUAAUGGAACGUUUGUUUUUGUUCCACCUGCUGAAGAGACUCAUAAAGAAGAGGACAAAUGUCUUAUUUGAGUGUUGGGCCUGUGAACGUUGCUGGGAAUCUUCUGCUUCUGGUUGUGGUGGACCAGUCAGGGUUAAGAGACCAAAGGUGACAUUACAGAACUUCGAGUGUAAAAAACGAAGCAGAGAUAAAAAUGCUGUAUUUAAAAAAUAGAAAGAAGAAGAAAGUUUUUGAUUCCCUGGUACACCUUCACACUCUUGUCCUAACGAGGACUCCUGUCCUCACGGACUGUGCUGUCCACCCACAUGCUUGGCUUCACCACCUCAAACACCGCAGUGUCCAAUGGCACGCUGACCUGUCUGACAUCACACCGCUGUAAACAGUGAUGAGUUCAUUCUCACCCAUUUUAGAGAUUGAAAAGUGUAAAAGGUGACCUUUUGUUCUUUUACCUGAGAGUGUCCGACUGUAAAAGUGCUCCAAAAGGCUAAAUGUGCUCGCUUAUAUAAAGCACCUUCUUCUAAUCCUAGUUGAGAGAACAAUUGAUCUCAGAGAUUAAAUAAUCCUCAAAUCUCCAUUAAUCCUCCUUUUCUACCAUAAUUGUUUUAACAGAUUAUUUCCCUGCUCGUAUUUGUCACUCAGCAGGACGACCUAAAUGUUCCUGGGAUUUUAAUGAAUAUUUAAACUAUAUUUCAUUACAUCUGCACUGAAAUGAGUCAACAGAUCUUUCCCACUCGCCUUCAUCUGUGAAACACUUGAUGUCUUAUUGUUUGGAUGCUUUAUGCUUCCUAAUGUGACUUAAUCUUUUUGUAUUUGUUGGAAAUUCAGGUGGGAAAAUUAUUGUAGAUGACCUCUUGACCAUAAACAACAAAAACAUUUCAUCUUUUGUUUUCAGACAGGAAAAUGUGCUGUUUCAUGUUUUUUCACACAACAAAGACUAGAUUAUUGCUCAUUUUUCAGUUUCAGAAGUCCGUGUCAGCCAUUUGAACACUGUAAAUUACACCCUCUUCUGUUUUUUAACCUGUUUUUAGUUUUUCUGUAAAAAUGUAAAUAUCUUUUUCUUACCAGACAUGCUUUAGAAACGACAGUUUUUGUACAUCUCUAACAUUUAAUCAGGAAUAAUUCUAAAUGGUCUUAAAGUAGCAAAUGAUUGCAUUGUCUAGAAAAUAAAUGUGAUUUCUUUUGUUUUGCUAA